ACAUAACACCUUGAUCAUAUUGAUGACAUACUUGUAAUCAAUUCAUAAAAAUAUUUAUAAAAUAUUUCAUUCUGAAAAUCAAUUUGUAAAAGCAUGCGCACAAAAUCUGCAACACGUUGACAGAUCUAUAAAUAUCGAUGGUUUAAGAAGGAUGCAACAGAUGGAGGAAAAUAAAGAACCUGCAAUAGAUUGUAUGUGUGGUCUAGAAGAACAGGCAGUGGUAUUUGAAGAUACUGGUGAUUUGGACACAACAAAAAAUACACAAAAUACAUUAGAAAACCUGACUUUGUCUAGUUUUGAGAAGUCCGACGUAGACACUGACAGUCUGGAAAGUGUCUCAGUAUCAUCAUCAAUACUACCGGCAGUGAUGAAAAACGGAAGUAUCGAACCGGAAGUGAUAUUAGCAAAUGGAAAUGUUGAAGACGAAUCACUUGAUGUCCUUAAAAAUUUGAAAAAUACAUCUGGUUCAAGUUUUUCGAAUGGUUGUUCCUCAGUUUCAAACGAUGAGUCACCAUUGCAUACUUCUCUUUUAAACAAAAGUAAAACAGGAAAUAUGAAAGGACCAACGUCAGGAAAGAAAUUGUUCAAGAACAAAACCUUUGACUUUAGUCACGUGAAAUCUAGAACAAAUUCAAAUUUCCAUAAAUUUAGGGACAUAAACAAACCAAUAUCACCAUCAGACAGAAGAAUGUCUGAGUCCUGCAUUUUACAGACCUCUUCAGAAAGCCAUGGUAUCCGCGAGACCAGAUUGAGUCGAUCGAGAUUUGAAAGAUGUCAUGUGGCGCAUGAUAGUAACGAGUGCGAGGGAAAUGAUUACUUAACCCCAACACAAAAGAAAGACAAUUUGAUAAAAGACCUGAAAAAUGAAGUGAAAGAACUGAAAAAGUUACUAAGUGAUAAAACAAAAGAACAAGAGUCAGACAGAGAAAAUUUUGAGAAGAAACUAGAAAUUAUGAUGGGGGAAAAGGGGACUGAGAUUGUCAUAUUAAAGAGUGAUAUAGAGACACUUGAAAAAAAGAACGAAGACUUGCUGAAGUCAUACCAAGUCUCAGUCAACACAAUUAAUAUACUGGAAGAUACUAUCAGAGAACUUAAAGAGGCCAUGGUUGAGAAAGAAAGGAAUAAUGAGAAAGUGUUUUUGGAAACUUAUAGAAAAGGUCAAAUGUCAGCACUGUUUGAAAGAAACGAAGAGUUGGAAAGGAUUGCUGUAUCAUGUGAUGGAUCAAGAAUAACAAUUAAAGAACUGUUACAAAAACUUUUACUUACGGAAACAGAACUCGGAAAAUGGCAAUCGAUACGCCGACAGGAAUCAUAUGACGAAGCUCCUAAACCGGAAACGGAAGCAGCUGUAACACUCAGAUUUCUCAAGGACGCAUUCUUUCAUUAUGCCACAGACACCAAAGAUUGUGACUUUCAUUUAAGAGCAAUGAUAAGGAUUUUAAACUUCACUGAUGUACAGAAAAAGAAAAUAGCAGACAGUAUUGUUUCGAAAAGGAAACAUAAACAUUCAUCAAUAUAGCUUUACUUAAUCGGGUGCAGAUAUACUCUACGUUAGUUAGCAUGUGAUCGAGUACUCUUGAAAAAUAAGUGUCUUUCUAUUGAUGAUUUUGUGGAUAAAUCAUACAGAUCUAGAAUAGUUUAACUGUGAAAUCAAAUGAGAGCUAACUGAUACAAAAUUGAUUAAAGACUAAAGAAAAAAAAAAAAAAAAAAAAAAAAACUGUGUAAUGCAUACACAAUUCAUACAGAAAUAAAACUAGUUUUUGGUUUAUUUUUUGAAUAAUUUGGAAUAUUUUCUUUAUUUGAUCUAGUGAAAUAAAUAAAUCUGAAGUA